CGAUCUUCGUCCACGAUAAGGAGAAUGCGAAGGAGGCGUGCGCGCUCGCGCCGGGGGCGGGUUCGGUCCUGUUUCCGAAACUCCGGCGCGCCGCUGCCCGGUACUCGCUCGACCCGCGCGCUCACAUCGGCAGCGACAGGCGCGCUAGGACCGACGGCGGCCCGGGGCGCUUCCGCGGCUCAUCUCACACGCGUCGCACGCCGCGCUCGGGACUGACGCCCGUCGACGGCCGGGACCCCAACUACGGCACGCGCCGCCACACACGAUACGUUUUCGUCGUGAAUGAGAACGGCAUCGCGCGCAUCCACGUGGACUACUAGCACGGCUGCUGAUCUGAGAAACUGAAAAACGCUGGUCAUCUAUGUUCCUCCUCGGAUGACAUGAGCGACGACUCUUCGAAGUGUUCGGCUCGAGCUGACAGUGAAUCCGGGAAUACGGCCGCGCGGAAAGUGACGCGAAGGCUGUUCAACCCCUUUUAGACAAACUUGACUCGCAGCCACCUUCUACACUGACAGCGGCGAAGCGGAUCUAACGGAAGGCCCAGACUGCAAAGCGCGACGGCUCCGUGCGCCAACUUUCCACUGACACCUGUUGACGAGCGGGCACCCGCCACCUCUCAGCACGAUGGGCGCGCUGGUCUGUCGGAGCCGAGAACCCGCCGAACCGGGCACCACCAUCCUGGUGGAGUCGCCCGAGCUUUGGGCCAAGCCUGCGGCGGCAGCGUCGCGGGGCCAGGCCGGCCGGCUGCCCUGGCACCGGACCCGGCGGGCCAAGCCCAGCGGCGCUGCCUCAGUUGUGUCACCCACGGGCGACAACUGCCCGUGUUGCUGCGCGGGAGCCGCGGCCGCCGCCGCCGCCAAGCUUCAGCAGCCGGAGGUGGCGUCCCUCGAGAGACCCGAGUCGCCGCCGAACAAGAUCAGCUUUUCGCGAAGCGCGUGGGAGACGCCGCCAUCCCCGGCCCUCGACAAGCCAAGCUCCGUGCGCGAGGAGCCACUGUACGUGGAAGAGUCCACCGACCUGUUCACGGACACCGAGCAGCAGUGCCAAUUCGCCUUCUCGGGCAGCGACGACGUCACACAGGUGGAGGAGAUCACGGAGAACGGUGGCGAGCCGUGCAACUUCUGUGCGCUGUACCCGGAGGGCGCGCUGACGGCGGCCACCGACGACGACCUGAAGGGCGCCGCCGAGCGACUGUGCGCGCUCUACCCGGGCACCGGCCGCCCUGUGGGCGCGGCCGAGGAGCCGUGCAGCCUCUGCCUCCUGUUCCCGUCCGACGGCGGCGUGGCGCCACGCGACGAGGAGCCCAGGGCGCUCGACGACGGCUGGUCCAACCUCGACGAAGAGGUGACCAUCAUGGUGGACAGGGUGUCCAGCCUCAGCUCCAUCGUGGAGGAGAAGCUCCGUGUCAAGAACAAGACGAGGCAAGACGUGUGGAAAGGAACAUUCGGCAUCUACGUGCACCACGCUAAGGACGGCACGAAGAAGAUCAUCAUACGUGAUGGCUGGACGUCUUACCAUAUCCAAGGUAAUGGAUAUGCUUAUACCAACAGAAUAGACGCCUUAUAUUAUCGCAUAAUAAAAAAAAAUUCUGAUUAA